AAAUUUGAACCGCUUGAUCUCAUUUGAACUUGCGUCUUCUGGCUGUCGUCUCUUGAAUGUCAAGUGGAGUGUUGCUUCAGGCUCAUCGUGCGUUCUGCUUCUAUUCGUACGUAGUGACCGGAUAAUAUAAAUAACUUUCGUUCUGACGCCAUUGAAAAACCAUCUUAAGAAGGCAACUGGCGAAACACCUGAAUACCAGAAUGAUUGAUGACCACGUUCCAGAAAAGAAAGAGAAUCUGCCUCCCGACGGAACACCGUCAGCGAGCCGGCGAAAAUCGGGCGAAGCGUCCAGGGAACAACGCACGCCCGUUGGUGGUGGACCCCUUGCUUCCAUCGAGCACCAAGGGAACCUGCCUGAAGCCCGAGCUGUCCUGAGCGAGAUAAACAACUGUGUGUACUGCGAACCCAUUUCUGAAGUGACAACGGAGGCUUCAGGCGUCCACGAGGACGUAAAGAUGAAUAGAACGCUCACUCCUCGAUCCCUGAGUGCCUUGCAUACGGGGGGGCCGUCCUGUGUGCCCGAGGAAGGCAGUGCGGAGCUCACCUUCGCUGUAGAUAAAACGCCGCCCAUAAGCCUGCAAGUUGGAGAGAGGGACAACGUCGAACAUGCAUUGCAGGAGCAGGGAACGCUGGACAUCGUUUCCGACACGCAAAUUGGUGCUUUUAGGCCCGAGAAGCAGUCGACAAGCAACUCUUUUCUCGGCGACGACACAAACAAGAGCGAACUGGAUUUGACUUACACCACGGCGAAGGGCUCUCCCUUGGGAGCCACUCAUUUCUUUGACAUCAGCAGCCACGACACUAGCAUUGCUGCGUCAGUCGAGGGACAUGAAGUGAAUGCCCCUGCAGCCUCUGCCUUAAAUGAAAGCCAUCAGCAGCAGGACAGUUUUGAAGCUCUGCCAGACAAUACUCUGGAGUUGCCAAGUGUGCUAUCUGAAUCCAGCAGCAGGGAUGUGACUUGUGUUCCUGCCAACGACACUCUGCUGCUUCUAGAAAGUGACAAUGCUUUAUCGAAUGCAGCUGGAUUGUUAAGCCCUGGUGUAACCAAUGAGCCCUUAGAACCAUUUGAGUUGUAUGACCAAAACGUGAACCUCCUUGAGCCUGCAGAUUCUCAGAAGCUGCCAGACGCCCCAGUUUUACAGGACACAAACUUCCUCCUGUGCUUUGACAAUUUCUCUCCUUCAAGUGCUUCACCUCGAAGCAAGGAACUUCUACAAACUUUUGACGCUGGCAACAGUUCCAGGGAGUCCACAAGUACACCCGGUCAGGAUGAAGCAUUGACCAUCUGUGUCACAGACUCCAACGACAACGUGGUGACCACAAAAGGGGAUGCAAGCAGUGCUGGAAUUGGCGUGAUCCCAAAGUCCUCGGGUACAGCUGCUGUUGGAUCUGGUGACCAAGUUGUUGCCCACGUUCAGCAUUUUUCAGACGAAGAUAAGACGGAGGGAACAUUACCCGUGGAUUCUGAGGCAGGUCCCGAGGUUGCUCAGUUUUCUGAGGAGGAGUUCAAGACAGCUGCGGACUACUUUAAGGAAGAUUUGGAAUUCCUUCAUAAAGUGGGCAGCAGCCAGCGGCUGGGCAGAACCAGCCUAGGGCGCUGCUCGCUUUACCUCAAUUUUGACCCCUUGGAGCGUAGGCGUAGUGAGGGUGCAAAUGAAGAUCUGAAGUGUAAACAAAGAGCUUCACUUUUACCCGUGACUGGUAACAACAGUGAACUGAUCGAACUGAGUCCAUCUAACAGUGAGGACCUGCUGAGCUUUUCAACGCCUACAAAAGAUUCAUUGUCUGCUACAAAAAUUCCAGCAGCUGUUGAAGAGGAGCAAAUGUUUUCGGAGAAGGAAAUGUCACAGGCGCUCAAGUACCAGGAGCUGAUGUUUCAAGAGCGCCUGCUUAAAAAGGACCAAGAUUGUGUUCGACAGCUGGAAUCUGUUCGACAAGAAAUGGAAAGUUACCGUGGCAAGCUUGACGAAAGCCAUAAAUUUUGCCAGAUGCAAGAAAAAGCUCUGCAGUGUCUUCAAAAAGAUAACGAGAACAUGCUGGGAGCCCUGCAGUCAUUCACCAAGGAUAUCCAGAAAGAGCGUGCUGAGCAAGAAGACUGCAUGCAGAAGAUCAUCGCAGAUCGUGACCAGCUUGCAGAAGAGCUGCACAAUAUGGAAAUGACCUUUGCUGACUUCCAUCGUCGUUAUGAAAAGGCCAAGCAAGUCAUCUCUGUUAUGAAGGAGAAUGAAGCUCUUCUAAAACAGCAGUUAACUGAGGCAAAUGAGGCCUUGGAGAAGAACUGCCACAUAGUUCACAUGAUCAAGACCAAAACGGAGGAAAGCAUCGAAGGUGCCAACAAAGAAGUGGAAAAUACAAAGCGUAAUUUUGAAGCAGACAUCACUGUUCUGAAAGGUCAACUCAAGAAGGCUACAAUGACCAUCAACAGUCUUGAAAAACGACUAGAACAGAAGAAUGAAGAAAACACCGAACUGACAAAACUGUAUGAUGAUCUCCUUAACCAAGUCAAAGCCAAAUAGACCGGAAUAGGCAUGCUCAGUUCUGGCCACAGCUGCUCCAAUUACUUCAACAGCGGUUCCUCAUGUCAUGUUUGAGAUGCACUAAUUUAUGGUUUCACUUGUUUGUUGGCACUGCCUAAAUGUCUUGGCUGACUAAAGAAUGUCUGUGUUUUAGACACAUCCUGCAGUGGUUGUUUUUAGCUAUUCUAUUUCCUUGUUUUAUGUGCAUUGAUCCUUUCUAAGCUCUUUUCUCAAUCCUAUUUGGUGUCAAUGACAACCAGAGCUCAUUUGGGCCUAAAAAGAAAUUCUUUACCAUUACUGCUUGCUGCUUUCUAUGUAAAUGAAGUGCAAGAUAUUGAGCUUUUUUGUAUUGCCGUAUCCACUGGUUCAGAUGCAUUUGAACUUUGCUCAUGGACUGCAUCUUAGUUUUUUUUUUUUUUAGUGGGCACAGUACUACUAUAUUCUUGCAUUAGCAAUUUAUCUGACUUUGUUUUGUCAUGUAUGCAUGAAAGUGACACGAAGUACGGUUUUCUAGGUUUAAGAGCCCAGCAAACGUCAUACUUGGAACUGUGCUCCAAAUACAAUGCAGAUUUAUUUUAAAGAUAAAUUUCGCCCAUAAAGAUGCAGUGAGCUAAGGCACUAUAGGCAAACUAAAUUUUGUGGGAAAACCAACCUUGUUACUUUAGGGGCAUGUGUGGAUCUGCAAAUAACGAGAGGGCAACUUGCCGCAGUGAAAGGGAGGGAGGGAGGGGCGAUAGGGGGGCUGCAGUUACAACUUUCUGGACAUAGUCAAAUGAAGUUGCCUUGCUGUGGUGCGCAUGGAUCUGACCCCUUGAUUUGUUGCACACAUGGGACCUGGCACUGUGUAGUUUACCUAGCAAUGCUAAGAGGCGCUAUUAUAAGUUCGCCAACAAAACUGCAUUAGCCAUUUAGUUUGCAUUAUAAUUGUCUCCAUAUUUUAUUAUAUAUAAUUAUACUCCAAGUCGAAAGUCCUGCCACAUGGUAUAUUUGUGCAAAUGCAGGUUUUAACUGCUUUUAAUACUAUUGACAUGUCUUCUUCAGCUUGCAUACAGCAACUUUCUCUCAAUAGGACACGCAUACAGCUGCUUUAUUUUGUAAAGUGUCAAAUAAUGAACAAGCCUAUGCUGUGCUGAGGUGCUAAAAUGGUAAAAACCCCCAUAGGGCAUGCUGCUGCUCUCACCUGACUGCCUAAGUAAAUGUAGAAAUUUAACUUGCUUUUGCACCGAUUGCCCCAGUGAGCCUUGGAUGCUGCUUUUCCAUUCAUUGCUAAAUUUUUGAGUUUUUCAAAAAUUACGCUUUCAAAUGAUGUUCUUGCAGAAACGUCUUUGCCACCACCUUUUAAGUGUAAAUCGCAAAAGUGCAAUGUUUUAAUCACAUCCAUUAAAUUUUUACUGAAGUGACAAAAUCUGAGAGGCCUUAACUCUGCGCAGUGCAUGGUUCUAUGCACUCUGAAAAUGCCUCCAGGCACAUUAUGAUCUGAAAUGUGUUAAUUCAUCCAUACAUGUAUGCAAUUAAAAUCAGCCUAUUUGGUGUCUCAUUUGUAGUGUUUUCCCAGAAUGGUGUAAUAUUGCUCGCUCUUGUGGUCACUUGGGCAUAGUUUCGUUUAGCUUGCAAUUCUAAGCCAUAGUUUUCUCUGAACAUGCGCAGCAGUUCAGGCUAACUGAAGAUAUUAUGCUCUGGAGAUAUUACUCAUUAUUGGCAAGCCUCUUUAACUCAAUGCCUCCCUAGUUGUAGGUAAAGUUUUACACACCACCAUUUAAAACGCCACCAUUACAUCGAUUCACCACAGCAAUGUGUUAUUUCAAAUAGCUCACACAAUGCUAAUGGUUGCAUAAGAGUGGUUCUUAGCCUUGCUUCAUUUUGGCGAAAAUUGUUAUUCGAAAAUAUACUAGUUCGAGAGUCAGUAAAGGGAAACGCUAAACCAGGCUAUAUGUCAAGCUGGGACAUGCUCAUUGUCUAGUGGACACAGGAUUACCUUUUGAAAAAUGUUGCAAUCGAUGUCCAAACGCAACUCUUGUGCACAUAGACGACAGUGGGGAUGUCUUCAUUGCCAUCUCCCAAUUUUUGCCAGGCUUAAGGUAGCUUUCUGUAGCUUCAUCAUCAUGACUGUGCCACAUCUCCUUGUGACAGCAUUUAUUUUGGGCCUUGUUCCAACCACUGAUAAGAUUACGUUCUGACUAGUUUUUCUGAUUAAGUUCUGACUAGGUUAUUUUUUGUAAUUGGCUGUUGCAGUUUGCCAAGACAGAAAGUACAUCUCUAAUUGAUAACCACUUUGCAUUUUGCAAGGAAGUGUUGCACUCUUUCAACUAGGCGGACUUAUUGAGGAAUUUCCCAUCGGACUUUUCAGUUGAUUGUCAUCAUACAGUAACAUCUUCAGUCAUUUACAGACACAGGUCCCUAAAUUUGACAGCACUGUGGCCUCUACAUGUAUUCCAGGUGUGAAAACAGUGUGGCAUAAAAAUAUAAUUUCUGCUGCUGAUUUAAAUAUCACAUGGCCCUGGUUUUGGAAUGUGAAUGACAUCGCUGCCAGUCAUUUAUGCAGUCUACUGGUUACCAAACCUCUGUUUUCGGUGAAGGGGUAUUGCUGUCACAAAAGUGACACCCAAAAUACAGGCGAUAUAACAAUUGAAGCUCUUGGGUGUACACAGUAUAUGAAGUUUAUGAGAAAACUGACAGGUAACUCAAUAAGCUGUGAAGGAAGAGUUGCAGUGCUUUUCAGCUGGAGCAGACAUAAGGGCAUAGUAGUGCUCCUCUUAUCUUUCCCUCAGCACCUGGCUGAUCUUAGCGUAACGGUUGAGCAGAUACAGGGGGAAUUCUGUAGAUUAUGGCAGUAUGCAAAUUGCUCAUGAUACUUGGUAUGCAGUUGUGCAAGGUGUCUGUGUGAUAUGAAUCAGUGGUGUUGGCUAUUGAAUUACUCAAUGUUUUCAGAUAAUUGAGAUGAGCUAAUACGACGUUCAAUUCCAUUGAAAAAAAAUUGCUGGUAUAAUUGAGUUUUUUAAUGCAUUUUAAGUGCUGCGCUCUUUUUGUGGAACUUGUCAAAAUUUCGUCACUGGUACACUCCAGCAUUUCUGUAGUGCUGCACCUAUGUUUUUAUUUUUAGUAAUUUUUAGUAAUGGACAAAACAGGACAGAAUUGAAAAGGGGAAGCUACUGUGCCAACAUUUUGACAUCGCUCUUCUCUCAGCCAGAUUCCUGGCAAAAAUAAGUCGCCUGGACAUAACAUUGGUACGAUAGCCAGGCUUCUUCAGUCACCGUCAUUUGCUUCUGAUAGUUGCUGGAAGCAGUCGCCUAAUUUCAUGUCUGCUUGGUGAAAACAACGCAUUUUUCAGUGCACUUAUUGCUGGUUCAUGUUUGUAUCAAAAACUUGCUAUUGGUCACUAACUUAGUCAUAUUAGUGUAAAAAGGCAUGACACACAUAAUAUACUUCAGUGUGUGUGUGUGUGUGUGUGUGUGGUACUGGUGGGAUCAAACAGAAAUAGACUGGCUAUGCAUUUUCUCGUGACGGAGUUGUGUUGAAAACCAAUUUCCUAUUGUACUGCUUUAGUUCCAAUCGAUUGCAUGUGGCCACAGCUUGUAGUUUGCAUCUUGCUGCGAAAUACAUUAACAGUUAGUUAUUAUGAAGAAUGACAAAACUUAAUGAACAAUAUUUAUUUCAGUUUCUGAUUCCACUUACAUUGAUAGCAGCUGUUAGACAUCUUGCAUCCAUCCCAUCACAUAGCGAUUUGUACUGUCGAGUGCAUUCCAAUGUGCUUGACCUGACUUCUCUAUGGUCCAAAUUUUUUUCUCCUACGAUGUCUUCCCCUGUUGUAUUUACCUUCAUUCAGGUAUUUAACCUUUCAAUUGUUCAGCAUUAUGUGUUCCCUUUUUCUGCAUUGUAUCUGACUUUGACAGGUGCACUCAUGUCUUGUUUCUUAGACUGAACAUCUUUGUAGUCUGUAAAUGCACAUUUGACAUGUAAAGCACAUGGUGGUGAAGCUGUAUCUGCAUUUCACUUUACCACUUAUUUUUGCAUUUGUUGUGGCAAGAGUUUGCUGCUGUGGACUAGCGCUGUCCUAUUGUAAUUUUUUUCAUAGCACUGCACAGUGGUUACCAGAAUGCUCAAAUGUGUAACAUCAACUAGGCGCUGUACUGUGGGCUAGCUCUCACUGCUUGUGGAGUGAAGUGCUGGGUUGCUAAGAUGCUUUAGUGAACCUAUGACAAAAAGCUGAAUGUCCUAGUAAGCCAUGCAAGAAUUUGCUUGGUUCUUUUGGACAUGCAAAGCUUUUUGAGUGGUGAUGGCAGUACCUUGCAGCAUUUCUUCAUGGUCUGUUCUGGAAAUUGAAGUGCUUGUCUUUUGAUGCCGUUCUUUGUAAAUAGUAAGCUUUUGCUAUCACUGCUGUAAAUGCAUGCUAAAAUAUAACUUCUGCACCUGUCUUGCUCCACAGUGCAAGAGCCAUCCCAUGUGAGGUUGCUGCAACAUAUAGAAGUGAAUAAAUGAUGCAGUUUUUAUGACCUA